GACGUGCGUCAACAACAACAAAACAACAAAAGUGUCCGCAAAUUCAGGCGUGCAGCGGUGCUUUUUGGAUUUCUUAGUGACUUGUGUCCUGAUAAGUUAAUAAUUAUUAUAAAUGACAUCGUGAGAAAAGAAGGGUCCAGCUGCCUAGUUAAUGCAACGAGCCUGAACUACAUACACAUCAAAUAUUUUUGAAAGAGAACAAGCGCUAUCACGAUGGCUUCUGGUCUUGAUUCCUAUGUCAACCAUACUGUGUCCAUCAUUACUCAGGAUGGACGAAUUUUUGUUGGCACGUUGAAAGGAUUUGAUCAAACUAUCAAUUUGAUUUUGGAUGAGAGUCAUGAGCGAGUGUUUAGUGCCACAUCUGGCGUUGAGCAAGUAGUUCUUGGACUGCACAUAAUCAGAGGAGACAAUGUGGCCCUAAUCGGAGAGAUUGAUGACGAGGCAGACGCAAAUCUGGAUUUGACUAGUUUAAGAGCAGAACCCCUGGGAGCCGUCAUCCAUUGACAUGAUUCCUUGCAUCCAAGUUACUGUAACAGCAUGCUCCAUGGCAAAGUUAAUAGCUUUAUGCCACUUUCACUUGUACAUAAUCCAUAAUUACAUUACCAUUAAAGUAUGGUAAUAUAAUAAAACAAAAUCGAAUGGUAUUCACAA